AUGAGUGUUGAUAAGCAAUUGUUAAAAAAUCACCUAUCUAAUUUUAAAUUAAAUAGAAAUAAUGCUGCUGAGUAUCACAUUCAAUUAUUUACUCUUCAUCCAGAAAUGGCAGAAUUUUAUGGUGCUGAUGGUAUUGAUCCAGACUGUCUUAAUAAGUCACAGAAAUUUAUUAUGCAAGGAAUGGAAGAAUUUCAAUGCUUUUUUCGUCUUGUAGAAACUUAUGGUGAUGAUAAAACAUGGAGGAGUGCAUGUUCUUAUUUUAAAGAAAUUUAUAGUGACAAAGAUAUACCACUUGAAAAAUUUAGUAUUGUCGGUGAUGCAAUAUGUGCUGCAAUUUCAAAAGUUGCUGGUGAAGCAACUCCAGAACAAAAAGAAUCAUGGAAAAAUUUGAUUAAAAAAGCUUCUGAUGAUAUGAAAAGUUUUGGAUGGUACUAA